AUGAACAUCAAAUUAAUAUUAUUAAUAAAUCUAUUAAUUUUAAAUACCUCUAUUGUUUUUGGAUACGGAGAAUCGUCCUCAGGUCAUCCAAAUUGGCAAGAGAGAGAAGCCCAUAUGAUAUUAAACAGUGUAAGAAUAGCAAAUUAUUUUCCAUUUACAUUACCAAGCAAUGUAAUGAGUAAUGAAAAGUAUCCAGCGGUUGAUCCAGUCUACUACGACGAUAAGAUGAAUAAACUGUCGAAACUACAUUCUGAUGAUAUGGCAAUGAAUGGUUGUUUCCAACAUGAUUCUUGUAACGGUACUGGUAUCAUGCAAAGAGUAUUCGCCAAUCUCGAUCCAAAGUGUUUGAGAGCAUUUGCCGAAAAUAUUGCUGCUGGCUACAGUUCCGGUUUGGAUAUUAUCAACUACUGGAUCUGUGAGAAAACUCUAACCGGUAAGGAAUGCUAUCCAGAUGGAACUAAAGAUGGUCAUCGUGUAGCUCUGAUGUCCAGUAAAUACAACACAGUAGGCACCUCCAGAGUAGUUAACGAUACCUCUCGUUUCAAAACCUAUUGGACUCAGGAUUUCGAGUUGAAUGGAUGCAAUAAGGUUCCCCCAUCUCCAAUUCCAUCGGGUUCCCACACUUUUGUAAACAACAAACUUCGUUACUUGGCAGCCUGGAGCUCAACAGCUGCACCCACCUCUGUGAAGAUUCAUUUGAAUCAGAGACUAUUGUCCGACGAAAAACAAUACCAAUUGUCACUCCAUCUCGGAUCAGCAUCGAAAGGUAUCUACAUGUAUGAACCGGAUACCUACAAUGAAUGUCAGAGUUACUUCUUUACUUUUACAACAGCCGAUGGUACAACUUACCGUUAUCCAACCAGUGGAUUCCUCAAGACUGUUACCUCCGCCACUUCCAAAUGUGAUGCAUGGACAUCCGAUUUAAGUUUAAUUCUUUCACUUUCACUUUAA